UCCUCUCUUUUCAGCCCUCACAGAGUUCGGGCGGGUGGAAGUAGUGCUAUACGUUCAUUUGUAAGAGGCAUAACAAAGCCAUUUUUUCUUUAAACUGGACUACUAUUGUACCCAUGACGCAGUUGUAGUUUAGAACGUUGCCUGCUUUGUUUUUCUCUAAUAUCAUGUAUAAAGACGUCCGACACAGGAAGAAUCGAAAAGAAUUUAUACCUUAUUUUCUGGGACUAGUAGUUGUUUUAUAUUGCACGGUUCAUCUUGUGUCUUUCACAGCAACAGCGGCUCAGGAUGACUCCCGCUUCAACAGAGUGCGCAGGGCGCUUGAGAAUGAAACGGAGUGUGUCACUACUCAGUCUUCUGAGUUUCCAGAGGGCUUUUUCACAGUGCAGGAGAGGAAGGAUGGAGGACUGGUCAUAUAUUUUAUAAUCAUAUUUUACAUGCUGCUGGCGGUUUCUAUAGUCUGUGAUGACUACUUCCUACCUUCUCUGGAACUUAUCAGUGACCGUCUGGGUCUGUCUCAGGAUGUAGCAGGAGCCACCUUCAUGGCAGCAGGGAGCUCUGCUCCAGAACUGGUCACUGCCUUUCUGGGUGUAUUUGUAACAAAGGGAGACAUUGGUGUGAGCACCAUAGUAGGAUCAGCUGUCUACAACCUCCUGGGAAUCUGUGCUGCUUGUGGACUUCUAACCAGAGUGGUCAGCCGGCUGACCUGUUGGCCUUUGUUCAGGGACUGUCUUGCUUACACCAUAUCUGUCUCUGCUGUUAUAGUCAUCAUCUCAGACAACAAAGUCUACUGGUAUGAUGCAGCGUGUCUGCUGCUGAUCUAUGGCGUCUACAUCGUGGUGUUAUGUUUUGACCUGAGGAUCAGCGAGUAUGUUCUGAGGAGGUUCAGCCCCUGCUGCACCUGCCUGGGGAAAGCCUCCGAGGAGCCCAGUGAGACACAGCCGCUGGUGGACACCACUCUGAGAGUCCCCAGACGAUCUAGAAGCGACAGUGGAAUCUUCCAGGAUGACUCAGGCUACUCACGCCUCUCCCUCAGUCUGCACGGCCUCAAUGAGAUAGCGGAGGAUCACAAGAGUGUGUUCUCGAUGCCAGAAAACGACCUGAAGAGGAUUCUGUGGGUGCUGUCCCUCCCAGUCAUUGUGAUUCUGUACCUGACCAUACCUGACUGCAGGAGACGUUACUGGAAGAAGUGGUUCCUGUUCACCUUCUUCAUGUCUGCUGUCUGGAUAUCAGCCUUCACAUACCUGCUGGUCUGGAUGGUCACGGUCGUAGGACAGACUCUGGGGAUUCCAGACACAGUCAUGGGCUUGACUCUGUUGGCUGCAGGGACCAGUAUACCAGACACAGUUGCCAGUGUCAUGGUUGCCAGAGAGGGUAAAGCAGACAUGGCUAUGUCCAACAUUGUGGGCUCAAACGUUUUCGACAUGUUGUGUUUGGGUCUUCCCUGGUUCAUCAAGACAGUGUUUGUGGACACAGUGAAUCCUGUGGAGGUCAACAGCACUGGUCUGGUCUACAUCUCCGGAACCCUCCUUCUCUCCAUUGUCUUCCUCUUUGUUUCCGUUCACAUUAACGGCUGGAAGUUGGACUGGAAGCUGGGGAUUGUUUCUCUGUUCUGCUACAUCAUUUUUGCCACUCUGGCUAUCCUGUAUGAAUUGGGCAUCAUUGGGAACAACCCUGUCAGACUGUGUGGCAACUAAUGCACGUUACACACUACAGGGACUCACAAACUCAAACAGGGACACAUUGUAAAACACACACACACACACACACACACAGGAAUACACUAACUCUUUCAUACCUACACACCUAUACACAUAUACAGGGACAGACUGUUACAUGUCUACACAGUGGCAGAGAUGGUGGUCACACUGCAGUCCUCCACUGAAACAGACAACACCACUAAGACCUACACAGCACAUUUGGAAGUUGCUGUAUGUUAUUUGUUUCACACCGGUUGUAGGAAUCACAGAGGGUAGUUAAGAAGUUUGAAAUAUUUGGAAAUUAUUUUUAUUUCAACAUUGUUGACGGACAAAGAUAACAUCAUUUAAAGUCACCCACCACUGGCGUACCCACGCCCUUCUUUCAGUUAACUUGGUAUUAUACCAGGCAAAAUUAAGAACUACCUCCAAGGAUUGAAGCGGACUGCCAAUACAUAUUCACAAAUUGGAGGGUGGUGGGGAGGGGGGGGGGGGGCUUUUUGGAGCUAUAGCAACAAUAUUACCAUGGACGGAUGAGUCUCAGUUGUUUAGGACUUACAUUUACCUGAUUAUGGGCGUCCAAAAACAUACACACAGACAAGACCAAUUAGCUGAUUUUUCUCUCUCUCUGGUGUCAUUUCAGCAAAUUUCCAUAUCACAGUUGUAAAUCUGCCAUUAAGAAAUGUAAAAAAAAUAAGAACGCUUGAACUACUAAAUGCAAUGUUUGACAGCAUUCUAGAAUGUACGGACAGUUUAAGUCUUGCUUUACAUUUCUACAGGAUUACUACGGGCUUUGACUCAGCCAUUUCAUAACCCUCCAUUUCUUAUUUUUGAUUUAUUCUGUUUGAAGUCCUGUUCGAAGAUCCAAUUUGGUUUCAAAUAUAUAUUUUGUACAGAUGACCACAUAUUGUCUGGUACAAAAUAGAAGUCUUUGUUAACUCAACGAAGGGAAGAUAUUGACUCUAAGUCAAAGAUAGACUUUGAGUCAAAAUCAGCCCAAAAACCAUCAUUUCUCAUGUAGGCCAAGUUUGUCCAAUUACUUUCUUUUGGCCAUUUGAUAGGAUGUAAAAGUUGGCAUGUACAAGGAAGUUGCAUUUCAUAAAUUAUUGCAAUGUUUUUUCAAUGUCAUUUCUGAAUGUGGGCUACUUUUAAAACUGUGUGAAAGUAGUAUUGAAAUUAAGAAAAACCUAUUCAAUGUCCAAAUAUGUAUAAAAUCCUGACUGACAAUA